UUCUUGCAUAGUAAGUUAGCUCAGCUACUUUCAGCAGGUACAUUUACUACCAGAAGACUUCUGCAACAAGCUGUACGGAGCCGUUAGCAACACAGAGGCUCUGGAGUGGAGCAUCAAGUGCCCUCCAGACAAAAGAAAGCAUUAGUUGCCCGUUUCGGAGACUACAGUGGAGCCCAGACAGGAGAAGAGAGAAGCUGAGGGGAAAGCAUGUCCACUGAUGAGGAGCCCACGUACACAGUCAAGCUGGUACAGCUGCUGCUGCUCUCCACCUACUGGGGGAUGCAGAUUUGGGUCACCUUCAUUUCAAGCUUUGUGAUGGACAACCACCUGAACAGACACACCUACGGGUUCAUCCAGAGUCGUCUUGUUCCUUUCUACCUCCACUUGGGUUCGGCUUGUGCCUUCUUUAAUCUUACCAUCUACGCUGUGUAUCAUCCCAGCGAACUGCUGGACGACAGAGAAGCCUUUCAGAUUUUCAUCUUUUUCGUGUCGGUGACGGUCGCAGCUGUCAACGCUCAGUGGUUUGGCCAAAUGACGUCGGAGAUCAUGGCAGACAUGCACCUUAUCGAGCAGGCGUGCGGAUUGGGCCAGGACAUCGGCCUGUCGUCGAACCGCGAAGCUUACGCCAAGCUGUGUGAGACGGAUGUCAAAUACAGACACCUGAGCGGUCGUCUGUGGCUGUACAGACUGCUGUCCUCGCUCUGUAACCUCUGCUGCAUAUGCUGCAACUUCUACAGUCUCUGCUACAUGGCUGAAAACCUCGGCACUCUUUAAACUGACACUUUGCAGCUGGACUGUUGAAAAAUAGUCGCUCCCCCUUCACCCCCCUUUAUAAAUCUAAACAUCUAUUUUUUGUAAUAAAGCAGUAAGUUAUAUAUUUAAUACAAAAAGUCUUUCUUUCUGCCUUAUUAGUUAUGAGACAAAGUCAGGUAAGACUUGUUGUUUUUGGGGAAUAAUGAAAGGAUACAGCUUCAGUGUCUAGACUUUGACUUUGACCCUACUUUUGUUUGUUUUGACACAAUCAGGGUCAAUAAAGCUGCAUUUCUCUACUGAGGGUUGUAAAUCAGUUCCUGCAGUGAACCUCACCUUUCACCUAGUGUGGCUGAGGCAGGCAGCGGCCUUGAUAUUUCCUAUACAACUACGCUACCUUUCAGGAACCUAAACAUGAGGGAUGUUUUAGAAACUUGCAGUACCAGAAACUCCAUAUCAAUAAAACUGCUCAAAGAAUUGCACCUUUUAAAUGUAAGUAAAAGUAAGGCACCCAUAUCAAGAUAACUGCUUCAGUCAAGCUCCACCUGUUUGGGUGCAGUUUGAAUACUUUGUCCAGUGACACAGGUUUGUCGAGCUUAGCUUUACGUUAACUACAGAGCACCUGUGAAAAAAAGUGACAGGCUGUGCUAUCUUUAGCUGCCCUGGCUGCUUGCCACUGCUAUGAAAAAGAAGGGUUCAGACACUUUUAUUGCAGUAUAUGAUGUAUAGUCUACUUCUUUUAGUCCAUCCUAAGCACACUUGCAAAUGUGGUUUGUUUGUUGGUCUACAGGAAUUUGAAUGUGUUGGUGUUUGUUAUCAGCUCCAUUGUAUUGCCUUGUAGAUAAGAAAUAAUGUAAAAGCCAAAAGAUCUGUUGUUGCACAGCAGGUUGAUCUAGUUGUGAGAGAAGAAAGGAUGUUACAGUAGACUCGCUGAGAUGAUGUGAGUCUAUUUAAGUGUGUAAUAAUGAAAAUACGUAGUCACCUGAACGAAUCUUCCGUUCCUGUACAAAAACUUUUGCAUUACUUUGCAGGCAGUGUUGGGGAGUAGUCAAAGCAAUUAAAUUACAAAAUAAAUGUAA